AAAAAAAAGAGUUGAGUUAUGUAUUUUGUGAAUUAAUUUCAAAAACACUUCAAAAAAUGGAAAGUGAAUUGUAUACAGUGAUAGAAAGUGAUACAGUGACAGAAUUGGUGAUUGAUAAUUGUAUAAAGUCACCAAAUACUAUAGAGGCCCCCAACCAGUACAGCGCCAGUAUUUUACGAAGCCGGAGCGCUGACACCAUGUCCAAAAUAGUCCAAAUUGAAAUUGUGCUUUACAAAUUAUCGGAAAUAUGGCAUUGCGGUCGCAUAAAAUUUCAAACCUACUCAAUCUCCCAGAACGACUAAAUAUCCCAAAAAAGUGAAUCGCCCAAGGAACAAGAAUUAAGUACUGGACGUCUUUUGGAAAAAGAGAAUAUUCCUAAGAUUAAUAUACAGGUAACGAAAUUACGUCAAUUAUUAUUCCGCACCCAAAAAUUGCUGAAAAUACACAACUAUGAGUCGCUACGCCUCAGCCGUUUACUGUUUUUAUCAGAACCCCAUCAAAAUGGUCAUGCAGAUCAUCUUCAAGUAGUUCCAGCUCAUCUUCAAGUUCCGACAAUAAUACCAGCACAACUUUUGGUAGUCGCCAAUCGUCCCAAGAAUGUUCCCAAAAAUUCCAGCAGUACUUACUUUGCAAAAUAAUCUUAUAUACUCGGAUGAGCAACAACAAACUUCUCGGCCACAAUCUACGUCUCCAUCGUUUCAGACACUAGAAAAAGUUGAACCAAUAAUAGUACAUCCCGCUACUCCCAAGAUUACCACAUAUCACCAAUUAAUUCUGAAGAGAGUGAUGCUGAGCUUAGUGAUAAUAAUGCAAUCUAUAAAUACAGAACCAGCAGCCAGACAGCAUUCUUCAUUAUUAUUAUUCAUUUAAAUAAUUUGGCUCCAACGUCUUUGGCAUUGAUUUUGCCACUGUCAAAGUAUUUACAAAAAUAACAAGUGCUUAGAGAGGGAAAAAAUUACUAAAUCUAAAUACAAACAAAUUUGGUCGGUUUCUCCAUACGAGAAUCUGUGGUUUUAAGAACAGCACAAACAAAAAUAUAUUUAACUAACUACUUUAGAGAUUAAUAUUAUUAGCAGAUAAAAAUUUACACAGAAUAUUUACAUGUUUAGAAUAGACUAAAGUUAAUAAACAAUUAAUAUUAAUAGGCCGGGGAAUGUCAUUGGGAAGGAUAUCAUAAAGAGGGGAUACAAUAUUGAGGCAGUUGAAGAAAAUGUGAUCCAGGGUACCCUCAUCUAAUCCACACUCACAAAGAGAAUGGUCACAGACUCUAAUUUUGGCAAGAAAAACAGGGGAGCAAACAUGGCCAAGUCUAAGACGGAUUAUAGCUGAGACAAUUUUUUUAGGGAGAUGGCAGUGGGAGGAAAACCAAGGAAAAAAAGAGGGCAGGGUCGGUUGCAAAUUACCAUAAUGCUUACCUACUGACUGACGAGAAAUCUGCCAGCUUUCAUUCCAAGAUUGAAGCAUAUCAGGUUUUGCCAAGGAAUGUAAAUCUCAAGGAAAAAUUUUGUUAUACUUGUUACAGCCCAUGACAACAGCCUCCUUGGCACAGGAAUCGGCAAGCUCAUUCCCACUAAUUCCGCUAUGACUUGGGAUCCAGACGAGAGUGACAUCAAGUCCGGAGCAGGGUCAUUGAAACAGAUUUCUUUAAUUUUUAAUAUAAUUACAAAAUUGACUUUUGUCAUGUGUAUGCGAUGGAAAUUUAGUUAUGUCUUGAAGACAGCUUAAGGAGUCCGAAAAAAUUAUUGAUUUAUUUAGACCGCGAGUUUUAAUAAAAAGAGCUGCUUCUAGAAGAGCAACAGCUUCACCAGAGUACACAGAAGAAGUCUGAGGGAGUUUGUAUUUUGAGGAGACUUACUGCAGCACCUAAAAGACCAUUUUGGGAUAGUUUAAGAUGCAUCAGUGAAUAGGUGAUAAUGAUUAGGCCAUUGUAGUUGGACUAUGUUUUGAAAUUGUAAAUUUGCCCUUGGGGAGUCUUUAUGGAUCCCAAUAUUCAAGAAGGUAGUGGGACGAAAUAAAAGACAGUCAAAAGACAGCGUUCUUCAACUACAUCAUCUGAUACUUGAUAACUGAAUUGAAUACUGACACAACCUCUGCUGAUGUAUAAUUAACUAGAAAACGAAAAUGAAAAAAACUUUCUUAUGACUUCUUUUACGACGUGAAGGAAUUACAGGAAAACUGGGGUUAUAAUUUUAAAACAGAUGAAAAUACCGUCGCUCGUCGAACCCGUCGCUUAUGACGAAGGGCUCGACGAGCGAAUUAACCCAUAGACACAGCCAUCUGAGUUUCUCGCCGGAUCUUCUCAGUGGAUCGCGUUUGCGAUCCGGUGGUAGAUUCUGCGAAGCACUGCUCUUGCUAGAGUCAGUGUUAGCAACCGGUUUGAGCACCGUAAGCUCACCUACACACGUUAGGGUGAAGCUGAAAUAGCCUCUCAAGGCUAUCCAGCAUAGGUAGGGGAAAAAAAGCGCUCAAUCAUUCGUGUCCUACCCGUACUACAGUACGAAUUUCUCUGGAACAUUGUUAUGCUUCUCGUGAAAUAUACGCAGCUCACAAAGUUCUCGUGAAGUUUUGUUUCGGAAGCCCAAACAUGAGUCAUCAUCAAUCUCCUCCGUCGUAUAUUUGUUUUUUGAAGUUUUUGAUUUCCUACUUUAUUUAAUAUUAUUUGCCAUUUCGUUAGAUUAUUGUAGUAAUAUAAAAGGUGUACAAAUAAAUUUUCGCCGUUUUGAGAAAGAUGGUGUGGCACGAGGUUUACGUUCGAACUCACAGAUGAUAAUCGGCUUGAAAAUUAAGUUGAACAUUUAAGAACAACUUAACCCUAUCAUAUUAUUAACUCCGUAUUAGCAUCAUUUUUUUUUAAUCCAAAAAUGUUAACAUUUGAACCAAAUAAGCGUCAUUUGCGGGAACUUUUAAUUUACUUUUUUAAUUUUAAAAAAUCUGCAGCCGAGGCGCAUCGAUUGCUCGUAAAAGCAUUUAAUGAGGCUGCCUUGAUUGAGAGAACAUGUCGUGAGUGGUUUAAAACGUUUAAAAACGGUGGUUUUGACGAAGAAGACAAAGAUCGCAGUGGAAGGCCAAAAAUUUAUGAGGAUGCAGAAUUGACGGAAUUAUUGGAGGAAGAUUCGUCUCAAACACAAACAGAACUGGCACUUACUUUAGAAGUCACUCAGCAAGCCAGAGCGUUAAAAUAUAACUGUCAAACCUCAGUACCUUGCGUACACAAAAGUGUAGCCGCUUUAUGCGACGACGAUGUAGCUUUGAAACUAAUAAACAUUUUAAAUUAAACAUAUAUCCAUCUCUCUUACUCUAGUUCACUAGUUACGCGGCGUAUCGUUAGUUGGAUAAAGAUGGUAAUAUUACUUGAAGCAGAACGAUUUAUGUUGCCUGCUAUGAGAAAUAUUUCGCCAGAAUAUUUAUUAUUUAGGCGAAUAUUAAUAAAUAAAAUAAUUUAACUAAAAUAAUUUUGAAUAUAAACUUAAACGAAGUUUUUUUUUAUUGCUUAGAUGGGUGGACGAGCUCAAUAAUAAUAAUACAAAUAAUUUAUAAUUGUGUAAUAAUUGUAUUUGUGUGUUUUUUGCUUCUGAACCCAUUAUUCAAAGAAUGGUGACUGAAUGAAUGUAUGGCUGAAACUGUACAGAUUUUCAUGAAACUGUCUACAGUUUAUUUAGGUUCUAGAAUAUGACACAGUAUAUUUAUAUCUUACGGACACGGAGCCAAAGAGAGACAUUAUUGUCUUUUCCUUUAUUUUUCUACAGUUUGGAAUACAUAAGUAACAUAUUAAUUUCGUGUAAAUGUGAGAUCAUACCCGGGAAAAUGCACGGAUGAAGAGAUUAGUUUAAUGUGUACCGCAUUUUUUUUAUUCAGACGCAUGCAUAUUCGUUAACCAUUGUGGUAGCCAGAAUCAACUUGAUGAUCUGCCUCGAAAAUUUCUGGAUUUCAUUAAUAUAAAAAUUUCCUAUAAUCACUCGAAAACCAAAAGAUGUUUUACUGGCAAUACUGAACCUUAAUUUCAUAGCCUUUUCUUGAUGAUCUCUAAAAUCAGUUUUUGUUUUAUUUACAAUGAAAAUCAAUACAGAAUGGAUAAAGUUAUGUGUGAAAAGUAAUCCCGCUUGCCUUUUUGUGUAUUUCCGACCUCGAAAGGCACUCUUUCGCCACAAAUUUACGCAUUUUUCAGGACUUAUUACUUGGACGACGGCACGCAAGUAACUGAAUGAAUAAGCCGGGCAUACACCUGUGGGUUUACGUUGAGUGGUUACGCGUUGACGCGGUAACUACUCAUCUAGUAUAUUUAAAUCAAUGCAGCAAGCAGUCUCACAUCGUUUAAAAUCGUUAGGAAUGAUUCAUAAACAAGGAAAGAAAUACGGAAAAGAAAAAAUGUGGAGUACCAAAGAAGGUAUCGGCAGCGGCAAAAAAAUAAAAAUGAAACAAGUACUGAAAAAAAUAUACGGAAAGUAAAUCUUGCACAGCGUCAACAAAGGUAUCGAAAGCAUAUAAAAGAUAAUGAAAAUAUUUAUAAAAUGUUUAAAAUGAAAGAAUCUUUGCGAAAAAAAGAAUACCGUCAUAAACUAAAAUGCUCUCGGCUUAAUGCUAUUUUGCAACAGAAGGAAGGGAACUUUUCACAAAUUUCAGAAAACAUAUAUAAUUCCGACAAUAUACAAGAUAAAGAACGAGAAGAAAUAACUGCGACAAAUGAUGUUAUGUCGGUGAACAAUACUCAGCAAUCAGUAAUGCAAUUUCAUGGUAAUACUCCAAUUUCUUCAUUUCUUGCACCAUACGAACAACAUCUCGAAUGUACAACGCCGCAGGUUUUGUUACGCCAGAACAUGGACAUUUUGGGGGAUGGUAAAAUAACCAUGGAGUCUGUCAACACUUUAAAACGAAUGGCAGAUAUUGAUUUUAACAAGCCCGUAGAAGUAGAAGUAACAAUAAUUAAUGAUGAAGAGAUUGAAUUUGUUUCUAACUGGGUCACAGAUUAUAAAAUAGACAAUAUAUCAAAUAAUUUUCCCAUUGAGAAUAAUACUGUUCUCACAAAGGGCAAUUAUGCACAUGAAAGAGAUCCAUUCCCAAGAGAAGAAUGCAUAUCGUUUGACAGAAAUAAAGAUACAGCGUGGACAAAUACAAGUUUAUCAAAAUAUAUUAACCAACAUUGUGAAUUGACAAGCAACAUUAAACCGCGCGAUAUGAUCGACUCGGUCUCGAGUAAUUUAAUUAAAAUGAUAAAAAAAUUAAAUCAGUGGUACCAACAAAAAAAUUAUGAAGACUGUCCUAAGAACAUUACAAACUCACAAUAUACGUAUAUAAAAUUUUACUAUUUCAAUUUGUCGUAUAACGCUGUAACAAACAGUAUCCUACAUCUAAGUAAAAUAGAAAACUUUAAUGAGUCGUUCAUUGAGCGCACAUUUGAAAUUGCUAAAGCAAACAAAAUUGGCACCCACCUUAAGCAAAUAGAAGAAUUGUACUACGAAAUGUUAGAGUGGAUUAAACGCAUAAAUCUUAGUGAAUUCACUUUGAAACAAAAUAAUCCUUCAUUCAGCAAAUCUGAUUUCACAAAUAAACAAAGAGCUAUAAAUACGGAAAUCAUAAUGAAUCAAGAUACAAGUAACCAACAUUUCCGUAACUCUCCUGUACAUUACGAUGCGCAAUCUAAACAAGACGAAAAUAAUCAAAGUAAAUUAUUAAGUUCAUUCAAUAAUUACAAUGCUGUUGAUCACGAUCAACAUCCUUUUCGUACAAAUAAUCCGCAAAGGUCACAAUCUUGUAAUAACAAUGAAACAACAGAUCCUGUAUACAUCGAACUUCUAAAUGAACAGCAAGUCAAAGCAGAACCUCCGAAUUUUCAAACUGGUGACAACACUUCCGAUGAAUCGGGUGAACGACAGAAUAAAAACGUCCAACCAACUAUAUCUAUAAGUUUUGAAACGUCUACAAGUCCUGGUGUAUCAUUGAUAACAGGAGGAUUCUGUAAAGUAUGUUUAAAGAACACAAAUCUAAAAUGUUUCAACUGUUACGGACCUUAUUAUUGUGGUACAAGCUGUCAGAUCGCAAUGCCAAAAAUUGUGGUGCGAGAAUGUGAAACACUUAAAAAUAAUAUAUCUGUUAGACGGCCAGGUAAAACAUCAACAGAACGUUCACGUGAAUGUAGAGAGCGGAAAAGGGCUUUAAAAAAUGCAGCUAGCCAAGGGUUGAAUAUCUCAUCGUUCAUCAUUACAAAAACUAAACCAAAAACUCCAGCAGAGCGUAGUCGUGACUACAGAGCUCGAAAAAGACAAAAAUAUGAAGAAAAUCAAGAGUCAAAUGAUUUGACGCGAAUCACUGUUGAAGUUGAAGUACAUCAAGAACAUGAAAAUUCUCAACCUUCGACUUCGACUUUACUAAUUGAAAAAAAUAAAACUUCAAGAGAACGUGUUCGUGAGUUUAGAGCAAGAAAAAAAAAUCAUUGACAAAUCUUUCAGAAAACAUUAUUGAAGAUUUUCAAACAUCAUCAAAUAUUAUUAAUGCUAAUAAUAAUAAUACAAAAGAAACAUGUGUGCAAUUCACACGUGUUAGAAGUGAAACCUUCAAAAAUUAAAAAACAAUUAUUUUAAAUGUCUAAGUAUAUGUAAAAUUUUGUCAUUAGUAAAUAAUUGUAAAUCAUCUUUUAUAGUAUGAGGUAGCGCCCUCUGUGAAUCGAUAUUUUAACGUCACCUAUAAUCCUUGAUUGAAAUUCAGUACAAGAGGUAUCAUACGCACGUCAGUAUUAAAAAAUCUCAUAGAUGGCGCUGUAUUAAAAAUUUUCGACACUUCAGUUGCAUACCUGCGUGACGUUCAUAAUACUUUAGUCACAACAAUACCAAUAGAAAUCGCGUCGACUAAUGUAAAUAUUGAAGAAAUAAAUUAAAAAUUAAAUUUA